AUGGCCCUUCAAGCUGCUUCUUUGGUCUCCUCAGCUUUCUCUGUUCGCAAAGAUGGGAAACUAAAUGCUUCAUCAUCAUCAUCUAAAGAUUCUAGUUUGUUUGGUGUUUCACUUUCUGAACAAACUAAAGCUGACUUCGUCUCUUCUUCAUUGAGAUGCAAGAGCUUGAGGAAAAAUAAUGUGAGUAUUCGAGCUCAAGCAAUCGCGACUUCAACUCCUUCAGUCACAAAAUCUUCCAUAGACCGCAAGAAAACCCUUAGAAAAGGAAACGUUAUUGUCACGGGAGCUUCCUCAGGGCUAGGUUUGGCAACGGCCAAGGCAUUAGCGGAGACAGGUAAAUGGCACGUGAUAAUGGCGUGCAGAGAUUUCCUCAAGGCAGAGAGAGCUUCUAAGUCCGCAGGGAUGCCUAGGGACAGCUACACGGUGAUGCAUAUGGACUUAGCGUCUUUGGACAGCGUGAGACAGUUCGUUGAUAACUUCAGGCGAGCCGAGAUGCCUCUCGAUGUUUUGGUUUGCAAUGCCGCGGUUUAUCAGCCAACGGCUAAUCAACCUACUUUCACUGCUGAAGGCUUUGAGCUUAGUGUUGGGACGAACCAUUUGGGCCACUUUCUUCUUUCAAGAUUGUUGAUUGAUGACUUGAAGAAUUCUGAUUAUCCGUCGAAACGUCUCAUCAUUGUUGGAUCCAUAACUGGAAACACCAAUACAUUGGCGGGUAAUGUACCUCCGAAGGCGAAUCUCGGGGACUUGAGGGGACUAGCGGCGGGACUGAGCGGGCUAAACAGCUCGGCGAUGAUAGAUGGAGGAGAAUUUAACGGUGCAAAGGCGUAUAAAGACAGUAAAAUCUGCAACAUGUUGACAAUGCAAGAGUUUCAUAGGCGUUUCCAUGAAGAAACCGGCAUCACUUUCGCUUCCCUUUACCCGGGUUGUAUCGCGACGACAGGUUUGUUCAGAGAGCACAUUCCUCUCUUCCGUGCCCUCUUUCCUCCUUUCCAAAAGUACAUCACAAAAGGUUACGUCUCCGAGAGAGAGGCUGGGAAAAGACUUGCUCAGGUGGUGGGUGAUCCAAGCUUGACGAAGUCGGGAGUGUAUUGGAGCUGGAACAAGAGCUCGGCUUCAUUUGAGAAUCAGCUGUCUCAAGAAGCUAGUGACAUCGAGAAAGCUCGUAAAGUUUGGGAAGUCAGCGAGAAGCUCGUAGGCUUGGCCUAAA